AUGGCUAAAAGCUUGUGGUAUGGUGGUGAGGUUGGAUAUUCUUUUUCCAACUCAGUGGGGAGGUCGGGAGGUUGGAUUAUCUUGUGGAAUUCCAUCAAUAUGGAGGUUAUUAGUAGUUUUAGAGGGGACGGUUUUUUAGGAAUAAAAGUCCUAUGGAAGAAUGAUAUUUACUAUGUGGUCAACGUCUAUUCUUCGUGUGAUAUUAUCAAAAAGAAAUUGUUGUGGCAAGAGUUGUUGAGGUUGAAGAACGCUUUUACCGACGGAGAAUGGAUUUUUGGAGGGGACUUUAAUGCCAUAAAGGAUAGAAGGGAGAGGAAGGGGAGAGCGGUUACUAUUAAUAAUAUCGAGAUAGACUUAUUUGCGGAGUUCAUUGUUAAUAGUGAUUUGGUGGAUGUACCGAGCAAAGGAAAAAAAUUCUCUUGGUAUAGCGGUGACGGUAGAUCUAUGAGUAGAAUUGACCGAUUUCUUGUCUCGAAUCAAGUUGUAAACAAGUGGGGGGUGGUUGGUCAAAUCAUUGGUGAUAGGGAUAUCUCAGAUCAUUGUCCGGUUUGGUUAGUGAAGGAUAAUGUUAAUUGGGGACCGAAGCCGUUCAAAUUUAAUAAUGAAUGGUUCUCUUUUGAUUCUUUCUUGCCUUUUGUGAAGAAAGAGUGGAGAUCUAUGAAUGUUCGAGGGAGAGGCGAUUAUGUGCUAAAGGAAAAACUUAGACUUUUAAAGGAGAAGCUUAGGAGGUGGAAUAUAGAUGUGUUCGGAAGGAUUGAUUUGGAAGUCGAAGAGGGAGUUAGGGAAUUAAAUAUGGUGGAUAGUAGGUUGGAAGAUGUUUCCGAAGAAUUGCGUCGGGAGUUGGUGGAAAAGAGGAAAGAGGCGUCUAGUAGAAUAUGGAGGAAUAUGAGAAUUAAGGAGAACAUGCUAAUUCAAAAAUCAAAGGUGAGAUGGAUGAAAGAGGGAGAUGCGAAUAGUAGUUUCUUUCACAAGGUGAUGAAAGAAAAAAGAAGGUUUAAUCAUUUAGGUCCUCUCCUCUCGGAGGGGGGUAUGGUGGAAUCGGUGGAGGAGAUUAGAUAG